AUGGCGGAAGGGACAUUCUUGUCGUCACGAACGGGCAUAACCUCUGUCACUGACUUUAGAGUAUCCGACCAGGCCGCUGGCAGGCAAGGCGCGCCACUGAUUGCAUUCUUCGACUCGUUACUACUACAUCAUCCGACCAAGUUGCGAGCUUGUCAGAAUAUUGGUGGAAUUGCCAAUGUCUGUUUUAUCCCACCGGACAUCGACGGUAAGCUGAAUCGUGAGUUCUUCGACUUCGACACCGGCCCAGGCAAUGUAUUCAUUGAUGCUGCCGUCCGUCAUUUCACGGAUGGCGAACGGGAGUAUGACAAAGAUGGCGAGAUGGGCAUGGCAGGCACAGUUGAUCAGGAGAUAAUGGAUGAUUUCUCGCGCACCCAUGGCUACUUCGGCUUGGAUAUUCCCAAGACCACUGGCCGGGAGGUGUUUCGAGACACUAUAGCUGAUGACUUAAUCAGAAGAGGCCUUGCCAAGGGGCUGACGCCAAACGACAUUGUCGCGACCAUAACACGAAUCACAGCACAGGCAAUUGUAGAACAUUAUCAUCGAUACAUGCCGCAAAACUACGGCCCGCUCGCUGAGAUAUUUAUGUGCGGCGGCGGUGCUAAGAACCCUAACAUCACCCGCUUUCUGCAACAAGCAUUCCCUGAGACCAGAAUCGUAAUGCUUGAUGAGGCCGGGAUUCCAGCGGAUGCGAAGAAAGCCAUUACUUUUGCCUGGCAAGGCAUGGAAGCGAUUGUCGGUCGAAGCAUUCCCGUUCCGGAUCGAACAGCCACUCGGCAAGAGUACGUGCUUGGUAAGAUCUCACCAGGCAAGAACUAUCGCGAUGUCAUGAGGAAGGGAAUGAGUUUUGGAGGUACUCAGUCACACCUACCUCCAGUCUCAGAGAUGGUGAAUUGGCGCGACGGUCGGAUCAUCAGUAAUGAAUGCUAG